CGUUUGGCUUUGCUGUCUUGCACUUGAUGCACAUGCCCGGGACACGCUGGCUUCGUGCCUGCCGUGGGGCAGGAUGCUCGCUCUGGUCUACCGAAUCGCACAUUGGCAGUGAACGCUAAACAAAUGUCGAGAAAGCUGGAGAGAAAAAAGCCGACUCUUGAGCCUGGGUCGCUUUGGUCCGGAUCCAGGCUGGAGUGGUGCUGAUCGCAAGGGCCCUUGAUCGGGCGAUCAGACAAUUAGCCUGUCGAGCCCCUCUUCAUCUUAGCUUCUCUCCAUCUUUUGCCUACUUGCCAUGCCGUCGACUUCCUUUGACAUCAAGAAACUGGUGCGCCCAAACAUCCUCAAGCUCGAGCCGUAUCGCUGCGCCCGCGAUGACUACAGCGAAGGGAUUCUGCUCGAUGCCAACGAGAACAGCUACGGCCCCGCAUUCCAGACCACCAUUGUCGAUGACAGCAUACAGGGGAACUACGACGCACAGAACCUGCACAGGUACCCAGAUCCACUGGGCCGCGAGGUCAAGCAGCGCAUUCUGAAGCUACGCCCGGGCGUUCCUGGUAUUGAGAAUGUGUUUCUGGGCGUGGGGAGCGAUGAGGUCAUCGACCUGUUAGUGCGCAUUACGUGCCAGCCCGGCAAGGAUGCAAUGCUGAUCACGCCGCCGACAUAUGGCAUGUACAAGGUGGUGGCCAAUAUCAACGAUGUUGGCGUUGUCAGGGUGCCGCUGACCACCGAUGGCGGCUCAUUCCAGCUUGACGUCGAUGCGACCAUUGAGGCGGCCGUCGGCAACCCGGCCAUCAAGAUCAUCUGGCUGUGCUCGCCUGGGAACCCGACGGGCACGUACCUACGCGAAGCCGAUGUUCGCAGGAUCCUCGAGUCUGCCUUCUCUGGACUGGUGGUCAUCGACGAAGCCUACGUUGACUUUGUGGAGCCAUCCAAGGGCAGCUCGUAUGCAAGGCUGGUGGCAGAGUAUCCCAACGUCUUUGUCAUGCAGACCAUGAGCAAGAGCUUUGGGUUGGCGGGUAUCCGCCUCGGUGUCGGUAUCGGCUGUGCUGAUAUGGUGUAUUACCUGAACAAUGCCAAGGCACCGUACAAUGUGUCGACACUGUCACUGGACGUGGCCAAGCAGGCGUUGUCGGACGGGAAUGUGCAGAAGAUGCUGGCCGUGGUUGGCAGCCUGCGCCAGCAGCGUGACCAGUACCUUAUCCCCGAGCUGCGAAAGCUGCCGCACUUUGGGCAGAUUCUGGGCGGCAACGAUGCCAACUUUGUGCUGUGCCGGUUUGUCGACAGCAAUGGCGUGGCGAGCAACGAGAUUGCCAAGGGGGUGUAUGCUGAGAUGGCCGAGAACCGCGGCUGUGUUGUCAGGUACCGUGGCAGCGACUUGGGCUGCGCGGGCUGCCUGCGCAUUACGGUGGGAACCGAGGAGGAGAACAGGACCGUCAUUGCGACCAUGCGGGAUCUCCUGAGCGCCAUUCCCUGAAAUCCCCCAAUUGGCCCGGGGACAUGCAGGCGGGCGGAUACAUGAGGGGUGAUGUGAUAAACACCAGCAGCACAUUAUGUGUUCUGCUGUCCAAUAAACGUUUUUUCCCCUCUUCAUCCAGACAUUCGCAAGCGAUGCAGUUCCUAAAUGCCCUCGCUUUGCAGCCGCGUGCCUCUGCGCUCCAGAAAAAGCCGAUGCCCAGCAGCGGCGGCGGCAGUGAUAGUAGCAGUGAGCAAAGCGGGGCGUGUGAGAGGCAGCACCCAGCCAGAGGAGCACCCGGCACGUGCAGCGGUCACGCGGGACAUUAUGCCUGCUGCC